ACUUUGAGGAGAGAGGAGAGAGAAACAAGAGGCUCUUAAAGAGCCACUUAAGAGUCUCUUGAAGCAACAUUUUGCUUCUCCCUCCUCAAAUCUCAAGUUAGGAGCCUAAAUGCUCUUGGAGAUGCUGUUACUUAAAAAGUCUCAAAUAACAUGAUUCAGCAGGGAGGGAGACAAUUACUAGUUCAUUGACAGGAAUGAACAAAUUAAGAAUAGCUUUGAACCACAUAUACUACACUUCAUUUCACUCAGACCAUGCUUUAUAUUCUCAAGCUCUGCAACUCUGCAUCGAAUUGCGAGCCUAUAAACAAGGCAGAUUGGUCCACAGCCAUCGGAUAAGAAAUGGGCUGCAACCAAAUUUAUACACCGACACUAAACUGAUCAUAUUUUACUCGAAAGUAGCUGAAAUGAGCAGUGCCCGGAAAGUGUUUGAUGAAAUGUCUGAGAGAAGUGUAGUGUCUUGGACUGCAUUGAUUUCUGGGUAUUGUCAGAAUGGUGAUUCUGAUGAAGCUUUGGGGGUGUUCGGGGAAAUGCACGGGAAGGGUGUUAGGGCUAAUCAGUUUACGUAUGGGAGCGUGUUGCGGGCGUGUACUAGUACUGUGGGUUUGGAUGUUGGGAAGCAGAUACAGGGGUGUAUUGAGAAGAGUAGGUUUGUGGGGAACUUGUUUGUGCAGAGUGCAUUGGUUGAUUUUCAUUCGAAGUGCGGGAAGAUGGAGGAUGCACGUCAUGUUUUUGACGAGAUGGUUGACAGGGAUGUGGUGUCGUGGAAUGCAAUGAUUGGUGGUUAUGUGGUUCAGGGUUUUAGGAAUAAUGCGUUCCUGAUGUUUCAAUCAAUGCUCAGGGAAGGCAUGACUCCAGAUUCGUUUAGUCUGGGAAGUGUUCUUAAAGCCUUUGGUGGAGAUAACGAUCUCCUGAUGGUCAUGAAGAUACAUGGAAUUGUUUUAAAAUUGGGUUUUCAAUUAUUUAAUAUAUUGACUGGAUCACUGAUCGAUGCUUAUGUUAAAUGUGGAAGUGUAUUAAGUGCAAAUAACAUUUACAAGAGUAUGCCAAGAGUGGAUACAGUAGCUUGCACAGCAUUGAUUACUGGAUAUGCACGCGAUGGUCACAACUGCAUUGGUGCUGUGGAUCUCUUUAAUAAUUUACGUCGGAUGUCUCUUGCAAUCGACAAUAUAAUAUUGUGCUCGAUGCUCAAUAUAAGCGCUAAUUUAGCGUCACUGGUCUUGGGAAGGCAAAUUCAUGCAAUUGCAGUAAAGAAAUAUGAGUAUAAUCAUGACAUGGUUAUGGACAAUGCUCUUAUUGACAUGUACUCAAAAUCUGGAGAAAUAAAUGAUGCUAACCAGAUUUUUUAUGAGAUGGAGAAGAAAAAUGUUAUUUCAUGGACGUCUCUAAUUGCUGGAUACGGCAAGCAUGGGGAUGCAGAUACUUCGCUUAAACUCUACAAGAAGAUGGAACAUAAUGGGUUAAUGCCAAACGGUAUUACAUUCUUAUCUCUCCUCUUUGCUUGUAGCCACAAUGGGUUAACAAACGAAGGAUUGGAAUGUUUCAGUAAUAUGGUUGGCAAAUAUAAUAUAUUGCCAAAGGCUGAGCACUACUCUUGUAUGGUGGAUCUCUUUGCACGUGGGGGUCGGUUAGAAGAAGCCUAUGCUUUAAUAUGCAAGAUGAAAAUAAAGCCUAAUGCCUCACUAUGGGGUUCCAUUCUUGGUGCUUGUAGCAUCCAUGGCGAUACGACUCUUGGAAAAGUAGCAGCCAAGCAUUUGUUUGAUUUAGAGCCUACAAACUCUGCCAACUAUGUUGUUCUAGCAAGCACAUAUGCUGCAGCAGGCUUGUGGGGUAAUGCAUGGAAGACUAGGAAAGUAAUGGAAGAUACAGGAUUGAAAAAGAAUGCUGGAUGCAGCUAUCUUCAAUCCACAAGAAAGAGUGCAGCACUUCUGCCUGCAGGCUAAAUUGCCCGAACUUUACAGUUCAUUUAUCUUUAAGCAAACUGUGGACAAAGACUGAAGUGAAACCAAGGAAGCUGAUAACGUGUAAGCAGAAGUUUACUGAUGAGAGAGAUCUCUGCUACGGAAUAGAGAAGGCCGUCAUGUUGUGUACAUACUGACAAGGAAAAAUAACAAAAGGGUAUUGGGGCGCAAGUUUCUGUAGGAUGGUGCAUAAGCUAGUGUAUAGUGUCAAACACAUGGAUCAAAGGUACUCUGUUGUGUCUCUCAUUCAUUACUGAGCUGUUUACUGAACCAACCUUUUGUUUUGAUUUUUUGCUAGUGUUUAGUGAACAUCAAUUAUGUGAAGUGGAAUGGGCUCCGAUCUGGGCACCUAUCAUAUCUAUCUUGUACGCCAUUCAAAGGUAUCUUGUUGCACAUCAUCACAAAUAUACGCCAGCAAAAUAGAUCUGAUAGUUCAUAUGUGUCAGCCUUCAGUUUUUGGCUCCUAUUUGGAUAUCAGUGAUACAAGUCAAUACUGAAGUGAGCUGAGAUACCCUUAGGGCACAUCUAUAUUUAAGCAAUAAAUUAAAUGUAUCUGGUAUCUCUUGGCCUCAGUGGAUCCGCAGCCGGUCCAGGAUGAGCAGUUGCAGAACCAGAACAAUCAGUGGUAGCAAAUUAACAAACGGGAAGAGGAGUGUUGUGGAGCUUUGUUGUUUGUAAUCUCGACAGGAAUGCCCGUCUACGUGACUAAUGAAGAUAUAUAAAUUAUUGUACUGAUGAAAAUAAAUAAAUAAUUAGAAAUGAGUUGAUGUAGGAUUUCUGAUCUAGCAUUGUGCAUUUGAUGUUGCGGAGUCGAUUUUACUUUGUGUUUUUUGCUGGUAGCAGAAUGUAUUUUUGUUUUGCAUGAACUCACAGCAGGGCUAGUUAACAGUACUUAAAAAAUAAUGUCGCCCUUUGUCU